UUAAACUGAAACAAUAGUUCGUCUAAUAAUCUCAAAGAAAUAGCCAGAUAGGUUAUUCAGUUUUGUAUAAUCUGAUUUCCAUCAAUAAAUUUAACUGUUCAUAUUGAUCUUAUAGUUGUCGGUAUAGUAAUAGUGUCUCUUCUCACCUAGCAUGGUAUACAAAUGGAGACAAAAUGCUUCUACUGAUGUGAGUCUCUGAUGCACAAGCUUAUUCAAUGAAUAAAGUAGGGAAGGUGCUUUCUGUGUCUCCUCCUUUCUGUCUGAACAGAUCUACUUUCUGAUUGACCUGUGAUGACAUUUUUCUUGAUAAGUUGCAGCUUAACGAAUCAUGGAAACCAAUGGUUUGUUCUAUUUUUUAUUCAGGGUGUUUGAGAAUAUUCCUAGGGUAACUUGAACGAAAAUCUGACAUCUUUUUGUCGGAAGACUCAAUUUAAGAUUCCUAGAUAUUUGAACUGAUAAAAUCUGGAUUGCAAACUGAGGUUAAGAAGGUCAAAUAGUAAGAUCCUCUGCAUUAAAAGGAAAGUUUCUAGAGAGGAUAUAAUGCCUGUCUUCACCCAAAGGCACUAGAGUUCCAAACCAGAGAGUCCAUGCAAAGCAUAUUCAACCUUGCUUGCCCCGGGUUUCUUCUCCUUCAAACAAGCACCACCAUGUGGAUAGAUAAGGUAAGCAAACACCUCAAAACAGACAUCUCAUGGAGAAUUUGAUGAAUCAGAUCAGGUUGAUAUUUACUGGUGCAGAGGAGAGCGGAGCUGAUCUGAGUGGCAUCAGGGAUCAGAAAAUACCCUCACAGAAAGAGGAGGCCCAGAAUUGGUUCCCAAGGCAGUUUUUGAGAAAAAUGAGUAAUGACUAUGACUCUCUAGAGAUAGAACGUGCUACUGCAAUUGCAGCUGCCGCAUUCGCCGUAACCUCACAAUAUUUCUCUGAACAGAAGACUAGUGAGGGUCCUGAGAACUUAUUGACCAAGACCAAAAGCAAAAUAAGUGGUUUAUCCAGGAAACUCUCAGGUUCAUUUAAAUCUUCAGAUGGCCUAUUUAACAAGGUGCCAAUAUUUCCAGUCACCGAUGAAAAGAAACCAGAAAAGAUUCUCACCCCAGUAUCUUCAACGAAGAAAACUUCAACUUCUAGCGACCACUUGAACAGGGAUGAUACAAAACCUGAGGUCCCACCGCCAAGAAAGACUCUAUCUUUUGGUGAUACAAACUUGAAGAAAACGGAAGAAAUGAAACCUGCGAUCCCAGAACCAAAACUUGCUCCACCAAUUAAGUCAGAGUAUUCAAGCCUAAUGCUUCUGCCUCCCCCGCCACCACCGCCACAACCACAGAAAGUAAGGAAUGAUGCGAUAAAGCCUGGCCCUCCAAAGCCACCCACUCCACCAACAAGAGUGAACACUAACGAAAAAAAAGCAGCUGCUUGGGAGAGGGAGCAGCUUGAAACGAUCAAAGAAAGGUAUGAUAAGUUGAAGCUGACGAUAAAUUCUUGGGAAAACAAGAAGAAGGCUAAAGCCAGACGCAAGUUGGAGAAGAAAGAGAUGAGCAGUUCUGAGAAGGAAAGGCGAAAAGCUUACGCGAAAUUCAAUAGUAAUAUAGAAUAUAUUAAUGGAAUUGUAAGGUCUGCAAGUGCUGAAGCAGAAGAAAGACGAAGGAAUGAAGAGCAUAAAAUUAGAGAAAAGGCUAAAGUAAUCAGAACAACCGGCAAGCUUCCAGGGACAUGCCCCUGCUUCUGAGAUCACCACUUAUAUGUAGCUUCACUGGGUUUGAGGAACAAGAAGAAAACUGUAAAUACUUCUUCGAUUAUUUGAUUUACAAAGUCUUAACUAACAUCUGUCAUGAAACUACAUGUCUUCUGAUAGUUUUUAUCCUUCU